CAAGCAUCCAGACUCACUCGAGGGACAGAGACUCGAGACAGUGACAGAGAGAGAGAGAGAGAGAGAGGGAGGGAGAGGCUGUGGCUGACUGGGUGUGGCUGGAGAGGAGAGGAGAGGAGAGACAUGAGCGGCGGAGCGGGGGCGGCGACGGCGGUGAGCAGGUUCAUCAAGUGCGUGGCCGUGGGCGACGGCGCCGUGGGCAAGACCUGCAUGCUCAUCUGCUACACCUGCAACAAGUUCCCCACCGACUACAUCCCCACCGUGUUCGACAACUUCAGCGCCAAUGUCUCCGUGGACGGGAGCAUCGUCAACCUCGGCCUCUGGGACACCGCAGGUCAGGAGGAUUACAGCAGGCUGAGGCCUCUGAGCUACAGGGGAGCCGAUGUCUUCAUCCUCUCCUUCUCCCUCACCAGCAGAGCAAGCUAUGAGAAUGUGCACAAGAAGUGGAUGCCGGAGCUUCGCCGGUACGCCCCCGGCAUUCCUGUACUGCUUGUUGGAACCAAGUUGGAUCUCCGGGAGGAUAGAGCUUAUCUUGCUGAUCAUGCAGCUGAUUCCAUCAUAACAACUGAGCAGGGUGAGGAUCUUAGGAGACAAAUAGGUGCUGUGGCAUACAUAGAAUGCAGCUCCAAGACACAAAGGAACAUUAAGGCUGUUUUCGACACCGCAAUCAAGGCGGUUCUUCAACCUCAAAGGCACAAGGAGGUAGCCAGAAAGGAAACUCGGACACGCUCUAGUCGGUCAGUAAGGCAGUACUUCUGUGGGAGUUCUUGUUUCGCGUAGCCGAGAAGAACAUUCUGGAGUCUUUCCUCGACACGAUGCUCAGAUGGCCCGUGGUUGUUCUCCAAAUGGGAAGACAAUGGUGGUAGAAGCAUCUCAUUGUUAGAAGCUAGAAGGAACUCUUGUUCUCUCGUGCACUGUGGUGGAGCACCUUGUUGAUGUAAGAUAGGUACUUAUCAAGUUUUGCCUCUGUAAUAAGACAUGCUCUUGUGGAUGAUCAAAUUUGAAAUCUCCCACUCCUUGGGCAGGCUUGAAAA